AUGACGGGCGUGUCAACUGACAUCAACGUCACGUAUCUGAACCCGGGGGGGAAGCCCGGCGACAUCAUGACGGGCACUGCCAUCUGUGACAAGAUGGGACGCACCCUUGCAUACACGACCGUCACCUUCUUCAACAAAAAAGGAGAGCUUGCCGCGCGAGGCAGUCACACCAAAUACAUUGCAAAGACAUGGGAGACGGAGGACUUUGUGGCGCCGGAUGAGUAUGUGGCGGAGGAAGAGAAGUAA